AUGAACAACCAAGGCGGCCAAGGAGGCGGUGGUCAUGAUCAACAACAACCCGGCAGUGGGGGUGGUGGUUUUAACAUUGGUGAUAUCGCAGGUAUCGUGAACCAUGCGCAAAACCACGAUCAAUCAAACAGUGGUGAUCAACAAUUGUUCGGUCAAGUCGCAAGCUUUUUACAAUCCAAAGCUGGUAACGUUCAAGGUGACGUGAACGAGAAUGAGUUAAUGAACGCACAUGACAAGGUCAACAAUGGUACAGACCCAGUCAACUCUCAUGAAAUUGGAAAUGCUGCCGCUUUGGGUGCAAUCAGAAACGUCUUGGGCAGCGGAAGUGGAAACACAGGCUCGGGUGAUUUCCAACAAAAAUUGAUCGGUGCUGCUAUGGCACAAGCUGGAAAAUUGUUUGAUCAAAAACAAAAUGCCGGUCAAGCGGGCGGCGGUAGCAAAGAAGACGCAAUGAACAAAGCAGGUGAACAAGUGAUGAAAUUAUUGGUCAAAAAUCAAGUUUCAGGUAUGAUUGGUGGUGGAAACUCAGGCGGUUUGAGCGGAUUGAUGAAAUUGAUCGGCUAA